GCCAGGAUUGCUGUUCCAACUUUGCAACUGAUCGCCAUAGUCUUUGUUCUCGUCAUUGUCAUCACGGUGGCCACAAUUCUCAUCCUGACCUGGCAAUAUCCGUUUGAUUGGCACUUGCGUGCCGGUUCGUACACCACAGCGGCUACCGGUGGAAUAUUGUGGUUUUCUGGUUUUCUGUACUUCAUCAGUGUCAUUCUGGUAUUCCAUUCCUGGGACGUGGAGAAUCACGUUUUACGAGACGAUCUUCUCGUGACAAGAUCAGCAUGGAAUAAGAUCUCAUCCACUCUGCUCGAGGUGACUCGAUUCACCUAUGGCGUGGCACCGCUUCUGGCCACCAUUGCUUGGCUAUGCGUGAAUGUGGCCAGUGUGUUGUUUCUAUCCGCCAGUACCCUUAUCAAGCUGCCCAAGGAUGAGCUUCAUGGGAACGGCCGUGUGCAUUAA